UUAGCGGGGAGAAGAACUUAAUCUCAGCGCUAACCGCAAAGCCCGAGCGCUAUGUUCCGCUACAUCCUAACAAUUUAAGCCCAGCGCUCGGGCUAACAGCGGCGCGCGGACAUAAAUAACACGCGUGCUAUUUUUCCUAAAGGCUAGUUGUGGGAAAACACUGUGACGCUUGUUAGGGCGGAGUCCCGCGUAGGCUACAUGUAUUUUUUUUUCGUAUGCGAUACUCUACAUGCAGUAAACCGAUUAAGAGCGUCUCGCUGUAUAAGGUUUAAUUAUAAGCUCCCUACGCAGGGUGCUUCAAGGAAAAGUGGCGCCUUUCUUCGAAUGUGCCCUGGACAGAGGAGAGAGAGAAAAAAAACUAGUGCGGAUGCUGGAGGCAGUCAGAUAUCCAGCGGGUGAACUGAGGUCCUGUCACAACCACGUUUUAGACAAAUCGGUAGAAGAGGAAAGAGGCGAUGCCUUUUAUGAUUUCUUAAACGUUGACAGAGUGUAUUUAGGCAAGGAGUGCUAGUACCAUACGAAGACGUCGAGCUUCCCCGAGGAAUACCUUCAUAAAAGUUAAGGAUCUGCGACUCUGAACUCUUGAAAAGGGACUUUAUCAUGGAGACCACACUUCUCAUCUGUAUCUUGUUGACCUGUGCUGUGGCAACACAAAGCGUGCCACCUACAACACAAGGUCAGACUUCAGCUAUGCCUCACCUGACUGGCUGCUUUUCGCGAGAGCUGAUCACUUUCCAUUGUCAGUGGGAGACUGGAUCCCUCCAGAAGCACACAGAUCUCGAAAAUCCGAGACUUUUCUACGUGUUAGAAAAGGAUUCUAAGAAUUGGAUGGAAUGUCCAAGCUACAGUUCUAUAAGGAAAAAUGAAUGCUACUUUGAUUCCAGUAACACCAUUAUAUGGUUCCCUUAUGUGGUCCAGCUGCGUUCACACUCUCUUGACAUUGUUUAUGAUGAAAUGUCCUUCAACGUGGAGGACAUUGUGUUUCCAGACCCGCCUGAAAGACUGAACUGGACUCUUUUGAGCAUGGGCUCGACUGGCUUAAUCUGUGAUGUGGUUGUGAGCUGGGAUCCACCCCCAUCUGCUGCAGAAAAUGUUAAGACGGGAUGGAUUCUGCUGGUAUACGAGACACAGUACAGAGAAAAGGGUUCAGACCAGUGGAGCUCACUGGAUAGUGGCAAAGACACACAGGCGUACAUCUACGCUUUGCAUAGCAACACUGAAUACGAAGUCAGAGUCAGGUCAAAAAUGAGAGGCUACAACUUUGGUGUCUUCAGUGACUCCAUCUUUAUACUCAUUCCAAACAAAGAAUCAAGAAUUCCUGUAACAGCUCUUUUGGUCUUUGCUGCCGUUGGCACUGUGAUUAUUUUAAUGCUGGUUGUAGUCUCACGUCAACAAAAGUUAAUGGUGAUUUUCCUGCCGCCAGUCCCUGGACCAAAAAUCAAGGGAAUUGACCCUGUGCUUUUACAGAAAGGGCAGCUGACUGAAUUCACGUCAAUAUUAGGCACCCACCCUGGCUUGCGGCCAGAACUGUACAGCAACGAUCCAUGGGUAGAGUUUAUAGAAGUGGACAUCGACGAGCCGCACGAGAGCCAGGAGGAGCUCCUUAUUGCCGAUUCUCCAGUCUCUGACUCUCCUCAAAUGUCCAGUAGUUUCAGGGAUGAUGACUCGGGCCGGGCUAGCUGCUGCGAUCCAGAUUUAUCAGAUCACGAUCAAACGGAUCUACAUCACGCUUCAACCAGCAGCCACGAUGGUUUCCAUCCAUUGUCAUGUGCACAGUCUGGGCCACAGCAAACAGCAGCCUUCUCUCCGCAAGAUGCCACUUGGUCACACGGUUUUUACUCCCAAGUCAGUGACGUCACUCAUCAUGGUGAAGUUUUACUUUCUCCUGAAGAGCAAGAAACGAUGGCUCUGAAGGAUAAAAACCACAAUAAAGGAAAAGAAAUCCAACAGUUGGUGGUGAUCCCUGAUGAAAGGGGCUACACCUCUGAGUUUGUUGCCAACACAAUCAGCGCCCACCAUAAUAAACCAAACCCAUCGACAGAUCAAUUACAGAGUCAAGAACAACACGGUGCUUUCAGAGACCUUCAAAACCUGAGCACUGAGACAGUUACGUCUCUUCAGUCCGCUGCAUUCCCUAUCCUUGCAAAGCCUACCAGUCCAGAAUAUACCAUGGUAGAUGCCGUGGACUGGAAAAACAGUCUCCUCCUGAAACCAAAUACACCAGCAGCCCCACAGAAAGCAGCAGUAAAGACUUUGCCCACUCCUGAAGGGUACUUGACUCCUGACCUACUCGACAAUAUUACGCCUUAACUAAAAGUGGAGUACGCUUGCUCUUUGUGAGGUAUCUGACUUGGUUAGCCAACACCAAACAAGAUAUGUGAUCCAUGAGAAAGGAAUUUUGAAACGAAGCCAGUUCUCAAACGUUCUCCAGUGAAAUGGAUGUCAUGAAACAAAUAUAUUAGCAAGCUAAUGAAUGGCUGUAUUAGGCUUGGAGUCUUUCCUGCAUUCUCCUAAUUUGGCUGGGUUAACAGCUUCAGAGGUUAGUUUUAGCAGAUAUGGAGCAGAAGUAUAUUAACCGGCUGUUUACUGUCAUAAAAAGAUAACAACUGAUAUUUAUGCUCUCAUAUAACAGCUGCAUUGCUAUAUGACCGCUCCAUAUUUUGUGAGCGUGCAUUGUUUUCAGUACUAACUUUUAAGUGUCUUCGUAAACUGUAAAGUGAACUUUAGAACUUCAGUGUUAAAAAAUAGUACACAUUUAAAUCCAAAGGAGUUUAUGUGAGCUGUUACUUGUCUAAAGUGCCAAAAGACUGCACAGGGUUUUGUGCCUCCAUGUUGUAAAUAUGGUCAAUUUUUUUUCAUGACAAGCUUUGCUAUGUUUUAGGCUUGGUUCAGUAUUGUUUAUAAGUGCAUGGUAAAUGUUUUAAGCUAUAAUGUGUACAGAACAUACGAGGUAAAUAAAAGGCAGCAAUGAACUCUGAAA